AGACAGACACACAGAGACACACACACAGACACAGAGACAGACAUAGAGACAGGGCAGCUGUGAGAUAGAUAGAGAGAGAGACAAGGGGGGGGGGGGAGCAUCUGAGAGAGACAGGAAGAGGAGGGGAGAGAGGGCGGGGAGAGGCAGCUGCUACAAAAGCGAGAGCGGGGAGAGAGACAGACACAGAGAGAGACACACAGAGACACACAGAGACACAGCGAGAGAGACACACAGCGAGAGACAUACACAGAGAGAGACAGACACAGAGACACAGAGAGAGAGAGAGACACACAGAGACACACAGAGACACAGCGAGAGAGACACACAGCGAGAGACAUACACAGAGAGAGACAGACACAGAGACACAGAGAGAGAGAGAGACACACACAGCGAGAGAAGGGCGAGACAUCGACCACAUCAGAUCGGAGUGGGGAGAGACACACAGAGAUUGGAGGCGGCUGCCGCAGCAGAGAGGAGUGGGGAGAGAGACGCAGAGACACAGCGAGAGACACAGAGAGAGAGAGACACAGAGACACAGCGAGAGACACAGAGAGAGAGAGAAGGGCGAGACAUCGACCACAGCAGAGAGGAGUGGGGAGAGAGACGCAGGAGACGUCGACGGCAGGUGACACGAGGGACAGCAGCAGGAGACAGCGUUGAGCGGGUGCUGCGAGUGUACGAUGGCGAGGUGGUUCAGGGAGAGGUUCGGCUUCGUGCUGGGAAACAGGAAAAGCGACUGUCCUCAACCCAAACCCGAUCACCACCAACACCACCAUCAGCAGCAGCAGCAGAAUCAUCAUCAGCAGCAGCAGCAGCAGCAGUCUGAUCUUCAGGGCGAUUCUAGUGGUGGCAGCGUCCGAGUGAACCUGGGCAGCAUUAAAAAGACACCGCAGGUUCAACAACAACAACAACAGCAGCAACAACAACAGCAACAACAGAAGCAACAACAACAACAGCAGCAGCAGCAGCAACACUGCGUGGAACUUAGCACGGAGCGCAGCGUGGCAAAUCUCCUCCCACCUCAACCUCCACAUUUGUCGACAUCAAACAACGCCACCAACACCUCCUCCUCUUCAGCACCACCACCACCACAACCACCACCACCAUCAUCAUCAACAGCAGCAGCAGCGGCGUCGUCAUCGUCAUCCUCGUCAUCAUCCUCCCCUUGUGUCCAAGACCACCACCAUCAUCAUCAGCAGCAGCAUCAGCAUCAUCAGCAGUCCUACUACCCUCCUGUUGGAGCCUCGGCACUGGAACGUCUCAAGGCUGUGUGUGACAGCGAAGAGCAAGAUGAUGAUGGUGGUGGUGGUGGUGGAGGUGUUGGUGGUGGUGUUGGUGGUGGAGGUGGUGUUGGUGGUGGUGGGAUCGAGGGGGGCAAGGGCCCCCCGCCAGCCGAAGUGAAGUAUCUGAGUCCCAGGCAGAGGCUGAUCAAGGUGGAAGCGACUGAGAAGGCAAACUCUGCUGCUGGGUCCAGUGGUGGAGGUGGUGGUGGAGUGGGCAAAGCGGUGGACGAGCAGGGCAAGGGUGGUGGAGGUGUUGGAGUCAAGGGAGACAAGGUAACAUCUGCAUCAUGGUAACAUCAUCAUCAUCAGAAUGACAUCAUCAUCAGUGACAUCGUCAUCAACAUCAUCAUCAGAGCCAUCAUCAUCAUCAUCAGAGCCAUCAUCAUCAGUAACAUCAUCAUCAGAGUGACAUCAUCAUCAGUAACAUCAUCAGAGUGACAUCAUCAUCAUCAUCAGUGACAUCGUCAUCAACAUCAUCAGAGCCAUCAUCAUCAUCAUCAUCAGAGCCAUCAUCAUUAUCAGUAACAUCAUCAUCAUCAGAGUGACAUCAUCAUCAUCAUCAGUAACAUCAUCAGAGUGACAUCAUCAUCAGUAUCAUCAUCAUCACUAACAUCAUCAUCAGUAUCAUCAUCACCAGUAACAUCAUCAUCAGUGUAGUAGUGUGUAGUAGUGUAGUGUAUAGUAGUGUAGUGUAUAGUAGUGUAGUGUAUAGUAGUGUAGUGUAUAGUUGUAGUAUACUAGCACAGCACUAACCGGUGUGUUUGGAGAGCAAAGCCACAACAUGUUUCUGAGUUCCGACGUUUUCGCCCGUCAAUUACAGCCAGAUUCGUGGAGCAAUCCUCCCUGCUUCGUUCUUUAAAACAACAGAGGUGGUCCGAUACGAUUGCGUGGCUUGUGAUGGGCCACGUGUGGCCAUUGCAUCGUUGCCGGCAUCACCUUCAACGUUGUAAUCACAGUAACAAUCAUGGAUCACGAUCAGCAGCACAAUUGCAUUUGUGAGACGCGGUGGAACACACCACACACAAGCCUUGCGAUGGCAUUGGUGUCUCAAAGCUGUCAACACUAUACCGUUUAGCUGGCAUUCUUGUACAGAAUAGUGGUGAGUGUGGUAGUGGUGAGUGUGGUAGUGGUGAGUGUGGUAGUGGUGAGUGUACUAGUGGUGAGUGUGCUAGUG